GUGCGGAGCCCAUGGCGACGCGGAAUCCGCGAGCCGAGCUGGACUCCCUUCUCCUGCAGCUGCUCGGGGACCUGGAGGAACUGGAGGCGAAGCGGGCGGCGCUGAACGUCCGGGUGGAGGAGGGCUGGCUCUCGCUCUCCAAAGCUCGCUACGCCAUGGGUGCGAAGUCGGUAGGGCCUCUGCAGUAUGCCUCCCGCAUGGAGCCCCAGGUCCGCGUCUGCACCAGCGAGGCCCAGGAUGGACUCCAGAAGUUCUGGAUGGUGAGAGCCGGCACCCAGAUUCCAGAGGAGGUGGGACCCCGCGAGGCAGUUCUGCGCAGGCGCAAGGGUCUCACGAACCCUGAGCCAGACCCCUCCCCAGCUCCCCAGGACCCUCUGAACUGGUUUGGAAUCCUGGUUCCUCACAGUCUACGGCAAGCUCAAGCCAGCUUCCGGAAGGGUCUGCAGCUGGCUGCAGACAUGGCCAGCCUUCAGAUCUGCAUCGACUGGGGUCGAAGCCAGCUCCAGGGGCUGCAGGAGAAACUCAAGCAGCUGGAGCCCGGGUCUCCCUGACCUGCCACCACAGAAGCAAGGCAGUGAGCACAGCUGUUCUUCGAUGUGGCUGCAUAAUCUCAGGCCUUCUUCCUUCACAGAUUGCCCCCCACCCCAGCUAUUCCUCCCUCCUUAAUACUUCUCUGGUCUGCAUGUUUCCAACUUUGUUACGUGGGGAAGUUUGAAGGGACAAAAUAAUGUUGAAAGUCACUACUAUGAAACCACUUCUAGACUUCUGUUGUCUCAGGACAUACUCAUGUGGUGCAGGCAAAGACCUGUUAGGUUAGUUCAUAUCACUGAACAACUGUAACAACCUGAUGCAUAAAUCAGCUGUGGUUUUUCAUUAAAGGAUGAAAUAUUGCGUAGCUAGUGGCAGGGAAGGACAAGAGUAGGUGCUUCAGUUUCACUGGAUCUUUAAAAGUGAUUUUGAUGGAGGAAAAAACCAUACACAGCCAACAGAUCAGGACAGAAUGAUUCCUCAUCGAUAAAACACACACACACCCGAGUAGAUGGGCAGCGCUUGGCAGGUUUUAAGCCAGAAAGUAAAAAGGAUCGGACCUAGAUUUUCAAGGGACAUCUUUCAAGAGACCAUUCAGGUUUUUAAAAACUUGCCUUUAUCUUUCCACGAGUGAGUCUUUUAAUUUGUUGAAGGGCCAGGAACUCUGUGUCAAUUCAUUUUCCUACUGGCUUGUUGAUAUUUUUAGCAGUUUCUAGGAGCUAAUUGUUAUGUUUGGUGGAUGUUAGUUUUUUGUUCAUAAUAUGAGAUGUAAAUUUUUUUCCCAGUUUGUCUUUUAAUUUUGCUUAUGGUGGUUUAAAAAAAAAAACCAAACUUUUUAUUAUAAAAUAAAACACAUUAC